AUGGCUACCGUCGAAGUGCAGUCGAUUCCUUACCGCCAGCUCCCCCUAUCGAAAGACCGCAUCGUGCCUGGCUCGACGAAUGUGCCUAUCGGUCGAUUCCCCCAAACAACCUCUCUCUCCUCCAUCGACGCCGCUGCAGUUGCGUCGCAGCUCAUCUCCGACUUCAACACUGCCCUCAGCCGCACCGACUACGAUGCCGUGGCCGCCCUCUUCCUGGAAACAGGCUACUGGCGCGACCAUCUCUGCGUGACGUGGGAGCUCCGGACGCUCAAGGGACGAGAGAAGAUCGCCCACGUCCUCAAGACACAGUGUAACGUCUCCCAGCUGGCCGUGGAUGAUUCGACUCCCUUCCGAGCACCCCAUGUCGGACCAAUCGAUGCCUUUGGGGAGGUGAUCGGCGUCGAAUUCUUUGUCUCCGUGACCAGCAAGGCGGGAAACGGGCGUGGAGUCGUCAGACUGGCAGAGGAGAAUGGCCAGUGGCGUUUUCUGAGUCUCUUCACCUCUUUACAUGAGAUUACUGGUCAUGAAGAACGUACCUAUCACCGUCGACCCCGUGGUGAUGAGCGAGGUGGGCACCCUGCCUCUACAAACUGGCUGGACCGACGCAAGAUGGAUCGGGAAUACAAGGAUAAGAGUCCGGCAGUGUUGAUCUUGGGCGCCGGACAAGCUGGUUUGACCGCUGCUGCACGGUUGAAAGCGUUGAAUAUCGACACUCUGCUCGUCGACCAGGUCGACCGGGUCGGCGACUCGUGGCGGAAAAGAUACCACACUCUCGUGCUGCAUGAUCCCAUCUGGUACGACCACCUGCCCUACAUUCCCUUCCCAUCCACCUGGCCCGUCUUUGCGCCCAAAGACAAGAUCGCCGACUUCUUCGAAUCGUAUGCCUCCCUGCUCGAGCUCAACGUGUGGACCCGCACCACCAUCGUCUCAUCCGCCUACGACGAGACCACCAAGCGCUGGACUGUCACUCUCGCCCGCCGACGUGAAGACGGCUCGAGCGAGACCAGAACUCUCCACCCACACCAUAUCAUCCAAGCGACAGGCCACUCUGGCGAGAAGAACAUGCCAACCUUCAAGGGACAGGAUAGCUUUCGCGGAGACCGUCUCGUACACAGCUCCGAGUUCACGGGUGCUAGACAUAUCAGCCCAGAGAAAAAGAAGAAGGCAGUGGUGGUCGGAUCAUGCAAUUCCGGGCACGACAUUGCCCAGGACUUUUACGAACACGGCUACGACGUGACCAUGGUACAACGCAGUUCGACCUGUGUCGUGACAGGCAAGUUCAUCACAGAAAUCGGCAUGAAAGCUCUGUACGGCGAAGACGGCCCCCCCACCGAAGACGCAGACGUUUACCUCUGGGGGAUUCCCACGGAACUGUACAAGGCGCAGCAGCUCAAGGUGUCAGGCGUGCAGGCCCAACACGACGCAGAGAUCCUCCACCGGCUAGAGGAAGCAGGGUUCAAAGUCGACAGCGGGCCCGACGACGCAGGCCUGAUGUUCAAGUACCUCCAGCGCGGGGGAGGGUAUUACAUCGAUGUCGGGGCGAGUCAGUUGAUCGCCGACGGCAAGAUCAAAGUCAAACACGGCCAGGAAAUCGAAGCUAUCACGCCCACCGGGCUGUUGUUCGCCGACGGAUCGACUCUUGAAGCCGACGAGAUCGUCUGCGCUACGGGCUACCAGAACAUGCGGACCCAGUCCCGCCUUAUCUUUGGCGAUGCAGUCGCUGACCGGGUCGGAGAUGUUUGGGGGUUCGAUGAAGAGGGUGAAAUGAGAUCUAUCUGGCGGAAGAGCGGGCACCCGGGGUUCUGGUUCAUGGGCGGCAAUCUCGCCCUCUGUCGGUAUUACUCGCGUAUCCUGGCGCUGCAGAUUGCUGCUGUAGAGGCCGGUCUUACUCCUGCUUAG